GGCCCGGGCGAGAGGCGGGGCAAGAUGGCGGCGCCCGGAGAGCUGGACGCGGGCCCGCUGAGCCUGGCGCUGCUUCCCACCGACCCUCUCCUCCUCAUCCUCAGCUGCCUCGACUACAGGGAUCUCACCAGCUGCUGUUGUGUAAAUCGUAGAUUAAAUCAGCUUUCAAGUCAUGACCCAUUGUGGAGGAGGCAUUGCAAGAAAUAUUGGCUUUUGACUGAAGCUGAGAAAUCCAGGAGAAAUAAAAGCUGGAAAGCAAUUUUUAUUGAUUUUUAUGCUGAUUUGGGCAGAUAUAUUCAGUAUUAUGCUACACUUAAAAAGGCUUGGGAUGAUUUGGAAAAAUACUUGUUGCAACGCUGUCCCCGGAUGAUUACUUCUUUGAAAGAGAGUGUACAGGAGGAAGAGUUGGAUGCAGUGGAAGCACAAAUUCAUUGCAAACUUCCUGAUGACUAUCGCUGUUCAUUUCGGAUCCAUAAUGGACAAAAGCUAGUUGUUCCAGGGUUGAUGGGAAGCAUGGCACUUUCCAAUCACUAUCGCUCUGAGGAUUUGUUGGACAUUGACACGGCAGCUGGUGGCUUUCAGCAGCGGCUAGGACUGAAACAGUGCCUCCCCUUAACCUUUUGCAUUCACACCGGAUUGAGUCAGUACAUGGCUUUGGAGAGCGUGGAGGGUCGCAGUAGUUAUGAGAUCUUCUACCAAUGUCCAGAUCAAAUGGCACGAAGUCCCUCUGCAAUUGAUAUGUUUAUUACAGGUAGUUCCUAUUUGGAAUGGUUCACCUCCUAUGUAAACAAUGUAAUAACAGGUGGCUAUCCCAUCAUCCGAGAUCAGAUUUUCAGAUAUGUUCAUGAUAAAGAUUGUGUGGCAACAACAGGAGAUAUUACUGUCUCAGUCUCCACAUCAUUUUUGCCUGAACUCAGUUCUGUACAUCCACCUCAUUAUUUCUUCACUUACCGAAUAAGAAUUGAGAUGUCCAAAGAUGCACUGCCAGAGAAGACCUGUCAGUUAGACAGUCGGUACUGGAGAAUAACCAAUGCCAAAGGUGAAGUUGAGGAAGUUCAAGGUCCUGGAGUAGUAGGAGAAUUUCCAAUCAUCAGUCCUGGUAGAGUUUACGAAUAUACCAGCUGCACAACAUUUGCCACUACUUCUGGAUACAUGGAAGGAUACUAUACAUUCCAUUGCCUUUACUACAAAGAUAAAUUUUUUAAUGUCACCAUUCCUAGAUUUCAUAUGGUUUGCCCAACAUUCAAAGUAUCUGUAGCACGCAUGGAAACCAAUCAUAAUGAGUGUCCUAUGGAUGAGGAUGAGGAUUCGACAGACACUGAUGAAUAUGAAGAUCGGCGCAGAAUACUGGACAUUCCUGCUCCUUCUGGGCGUUGUCCACGCCAGACCUGAGCAGAUUUUCAAAAACUCUUUCCUCAGUUCUAUAGGGAAAUAAUAUUUCUGAAUAUCAAAUAAUUAUUUGGCAGUAGAGCAACCAGAACAUAUACUGGUGCUGAUUCUGGCUUACAUCUGAUUAGAUGUACAGGCUGGUUUUUUCUCUUUUGUCUUGCAUUUGUUGCUGGAGGGAGAAUUUAUUUAACUGGAAAUGGGAUACGACAGCGUGGUGAGCUUUAUUCUUUCAAAUAGUUUUACAAUUUGGUGGGGAAUCACUGUACAUUUAAAUCUUAUUUAAACAAGAAUGGUGCUUUCUUUUUCUUUUGUUGUAAUAAAACAGUAUGAGUUUAUAACAACAAAAAAGGAGAAAAAAUAGGCAUGCUAUUUUCAUAAUGAUUCUAUACUGUUAUUCAUUUAUACCAUCAGUGAACAAAAGAAAUGUAUCUUAAAUGUAUCUAACCAUUGGGAUGAAUUCUUGUAUAUUUAAAACUUAGCACAGAUAUAUAUAUGCGCCAGGAAAGCUGUUUAUAUGCUUUUAAUCCCAUAUCCAGUUUCUAAUCAUAUAAAGGCCUUCUGGAAUGUGGGAUGAACAUCUUGCCUACUUCAUUUUUUUCAUUUAAUGCAUCUUAUAAAUAUGUAAAUAUGACUCCAGUCUUUCAAAUGCCAUUUUACUCUGUUAUAAGUGAUUGGAAUUUUGUUCAACUAUAAACCAUGUUUUCCUGAA